AUGUCUCACGCCAUGGAUGACGACGACGACGAUCUCUAUGACCCCGCUGAUGCGGUCCCGGUCACCCAACCCAGGGACCCCCGAAGACCCCCGGCCGACACUCCGAUGAACGAUGAUGCGGAGGAAGAAGAGGAGGUAGAGGAGGAAGAUGACGAAGACGACUUUAAUAUUAUUACAGAGGCUCCUCCAGAUGCGCCGCCCCCAGAAGUUUCACAUCCUCGCCAUGCCAGCUUACGAACCGACUCUCAACGCCCUACAUCCGCCGACCCCUCCUCCAUUCCGAAAUCGCAGACGCCUACAUUAACGCCGAAAGCUGACGCAUCGGUCCCAGUGCCUGCCGGUACAAGACCCGUGUCGCAAAAACCCGGGUCCGCAUACCCCCCGGUGCACGCGUCAACGCUCGAUGUUAAUGCAAACCCAAUUCACCCCGCGACUGGCAAACCGAUAUUGCUGACUGAUAUGGACAUUGAUUUCCCCGACGAUGAUAAGCCAUGGAGGCGGCCUGGGACGGAUCUGACGGACUAUUUCAACUAUGGAUUUGACGAGUUUACGUGGGCAAGCUAUGUCCUAAAGCAACAAGAGUUACGGAAGGAAGUUGGAGACCAGAAGAGGCAGCUGGAUGACAUGCAAAAUUUCCUGACCAUGGGACUGCCCCCAAUGCCCGGCGCUCAACCUGGGGCUGGGCCAGCUGCGGGUAGUGCACCACCUCCAAUGCCAGGAAUGACGGGAAUUCCAGAUAUGAAUCCGGACAUGAUGCAGGGAAUGUUGGCCUCAAUGAUGUCUCAAGGCUUAGAUCCCUCUUCCAUGGAUCCCAUGGCGUUCAUGCAACACGCCCAGGCAAUGAUGGGCGGGCAAUCCGGCGCAGGCGGCGGACAGCAGGGUCAAGGAGGAUUCGGCGGUCAGGGUGGUCAAGGUCAGAUGGGUUAUGGAAAUGCUGGAGGCGGUUAUGGUGGAGGCCGUGGCCGAGGAAGAAGAUGGUAA